GCUACCGGCUCGACCGCGCUCGGAACGCGGAACAGACUCGUCCCCGAACGCUUGUCAUCUUUGUUUGUGUCCAGUGUUUUGUCCGGUCUCUGGUCAGGACGAUGGCGAUCCCGGGGCAGCUGAAGGCGAUCCAGCACCACAUACGGACGGCGCAGGAGCACGAGAAGCGCGACCCCGUCGUGGCUUAUUACUGUCGUCUCUAUGCCAUGCAGACGGGAAUGAAACUGGACAGUAAAACUCCAGAAUGUCGAAAGUACCUUAUGAAGCUAAUGGAUCAGCUGGAGAUGAUGAAAAAGGAACUCCUUGACAACGAGUCAAUCACUCAGGAGCUUGUCGGCCACGCCCACAUCGAGAACUACGCCUUAAAAAUGUUCCUCUAUGCCGACAACGAAGACCGAUCUGGCCGUUUCCAUAAAAACAUGAUCAAGUCUUUUUACACUGCAAGCCUCCUGUUGGACGUGCUGUCCGUGUUUGGCGAGUUGUCAGAGGAGAACAUCCAGCACAGGAAGUAUGCGAGGUGGAAGGCAACCUACAUCCACAACUGUCUGAAGAAUGGCGAGGUGCCUCAGGCUGGCCCGAUUGGAAUGGAAGGGGAAGCAUAUGACGAUGAAUUUGGUGCUGAAGGUGGUGGUCCAUCGUUAGAUCCUCAGGGUUCACUUCAGCCUCAGCCUUCCUUCCGUGGUGGCGUGGCAGAACCAGGCCCAGCGGCCAUGCCUCCACCCAACUACAACAACAUCCAGAUUCCUCCUGGCUCCCACGCUCCAGCCAACACGCCUGCAGAGCUCCCCCGUCCCUCAGGAGAGCCAGUCAAACCAGUGCCCAUCCCUCGGACCAUGCCAGUGGUGGACCCCUCCCUCGUCAACACCAACCAAGAAGGUGACGUGCGGCUCACGCCGGAAGACUUCACUCGGGCUCAGAAGUACUGUAAAUACGCCGGUAGUGCACUGCAGUAUGAAGACGUCUCCACCGCUGUUCUGAACCUCCAAAAGGCCCUCAAGCUCCUAACCACCGGCAAAGAAUGAAAGCAUUGUCCUGCCUCUUUAUCUCGGAUCUGGCCCAUAUGAACUGCACAGAGCCUGAAUCCUGAAGAGAAGCUCUACUGGACUCCCCCACGUCACUCAAUAUAACAUCUAUUUCUCUUUUUGAUUCCGGUAGCUGCUCAUUAGCAGACACUGAUUGUAAGCUGUCAGGAGCAUGUGACUUCUCCCUUUAAUUAAAUCCCAUUCUUAUAAACAUUCAUGACUAAUACUUCCUCAGAAAUAUUAUUGUUUCUAACAAAGUCUGAAUUAAACUGGCUGGGCUGGAACGGGCCAAGAUGUCCCCUUGACGGAGAACAUUGGCAACUCCAGUUUUGCCAAGUAUCUUAAGAUAUUCUAUCCAAUUUGCAGAACAGAUGUUUUUUUUUACUGUUCCAUGCACUACUGUCUCUUUUUUGGUGGAAGGAUUUCACAGUUAGUUGAAUUAGUUCGUUGACAGCGAGUUGUUCUCUGCCUUUAGUUCAUUAAGUUGAAUUGCAGUCGUCAAUAAAUCUUUUAGCUCUGUUAA